AUGCCAGAGGGCCCCUCGGUGAGGAAGUUCCAGCUGCUGGCCUCCCGUUUUGUGGGGCAGGUGGUGGCCAAGGUGGGGGGAAGCACCAGGAAGAUAAAUGUGAAUGACCUGAAUGCCCUGAGGCUCCAGGACUCCCAGGUUCAUGGGAAGAAUUUAUUCCUGGCCUUUGUGGCAGCUGGCCGUGCCUUAGGACCAAGCACGGAAGAGCCAGUGUCGCAAGGAGAAGCUGCUAGUGGGACAAGUUCUCCUGCCCAGGUCUGUGCUCCACAGACACAUCCCAAGGAAGAGGAGCUGCAGGAGCUCCAGUGCUCCAGACCUGAUGCCCCAGGUGCAGCAGGGGGUCCGGGCAGCUGGCUGCGCUUCCACUUCGGCUUGUUCGGCAGUGUUCGGGCAAACGAGUUCUCAAGAGCAAACCAGGUCAAUAAGAGGGGAGACUGGAAGGACCCCGUGCCCAGACUGGUUCUGCAUUUUGAGAGUGGAGGCUUCCUUGUUUUCUACAACUGCCGAAUGCAGUGGUGCUCGUCUCCAGUGGCUGAUCCUGCGUCUGACAUCCUCUCUGCUGAGUUCCACCGUGGCCAGGCGCUGGAUGCCCUCCGUGCACCCAACCCUGUCUGCUACACCCUCUUGGACCAGAGAUAUUUCUCAGGGCUGGGGAACAUAAUUAAAAAUGAGAUCCUGUACCUGGCAAAGAUCCAUCCAUUAACACGAGGAUCUCUCUUGGCGCCUUCAGAUCUCGAGCAUCUGCUUGACUGUGCCAUUCAAUUCAGCUCAGACUGGCUACAGAGCAAGCUGCGUGGUGAAGGGUUGCACCUUCAGAUCUACCACAAGGAGCAGUGUCCCCUUGGGCAUGCGGUGAUGAAGGGAACCUUUGGACCCUCUAGUGGAUAUAAGAGACUCACAUGGUGGUGUCCUCGGUGCCAGCCUGCAGUGCUGUCAGGGGUCGGGGAGCCUACCCCAGUCACUGAGUGA